UCCGCGCGGCUCCGCCACAAGCGCGCAGCCCCCGCGCACCUCGGACGGCGCCGCGAUGCUGCUGGAGCGGGUCCGCGGCGGCUCGGAGAAGGCAGCGGAGCUCUGCCCCUUCCCGCGGAGCCCAGAGAUCCCGCUGUGCGCCGGCUGCAACCAGCACAUCGUGGACAGGUUCAUCCUCAAGGUCCUGGACCGGCACUGGCACAGCAAGUGCCUGAAAUGCUCCGACUGCCAGACGCAGCUGGCCGAGAAGUGCUUCAGCCGCGGGGACGGCGUGUACUGCAAGGAGGACUUCUUCAAGCGCUUCGGGACGAAGUGUGCCGCCUGCCAGCAGGGCAUCCCCCCGACCCAGGUGGUGCGGCGGGCGCAGGACUUCGUGUACCACCUGCACUGCUUCGCCUGCAUCGUCUGCAAGCGGCAGCUGGCCACCGGCGACGAGUUCUACCUGAUGGAGGACAGCAGGCUGGUCUGCAAGGCCGACUACGAGACGGCCAAGCAGAGAGGUACCCCCGCCCCGUCCCCUACACCCCCGGGGGCUGGAGAGGCCCGGCCCGGCCCCCCCCCUGCCCGUCGGGAGCCGCCCGAGCCUCGGGGAGGGGGGGGAGCGGGGCCGGCGGCCGCUGCCGUCGGGUGGGGCGCUGGGGGAGGCCGGGGGUCCCGGCUCCCCUCGGGGACCCGGCUGCUGAUCCCCCCCCCCAACCCCCCGCCGGCAGAGGCUGAGUCGACGGCCAAGCGGCCCCGCACCACCAUCACGGCCAAGCAGCUGGAGACCCUGAAAAACGCCUACAACAACUCGCCCAAGCCGGCGCGGCACGUCCGGGAGCAGCUCUCGUCGGAGACCGGGCUGGACAUGCGGGUGGUGCAGGUGUGGUUCCAGAACCGCCGGGCCAAGGAGAAGAGGCUGAAGAAGGACGCGGGGAGGCAGCGGUGGGGGCAGUACUUCAGGAACAUGAAGCGCUCCCGGGGCGCCUCCAAGUCCGACAAGGACAGCAUCCAGGAGGAGGGCCCCGACAGCGACGCCGAGGUCUCCUUCACAGACGAGCCCUCCAUGUCCGAGAUGAGCCACUCCAACGGGAUUUACAGCAACCUCAGCGAGGCGUCCCCGGCUCUGGGGAGGCAGGCUGGGACCAACGGGAGCUUUGCUCUGGAUCACAGCGGCAUCCCAGCUCAGGACCAGUACCACGACUUGCGCUCCAACAGCCCCUACGGGAUACCCCAGUCCCCAGCCUCCUUGCAAGCGCUGCCGGGCCACCAGCCUUUAAUCUCCAGCUUGGUUUACCCCGACAACAGCCUGGGCAUCAUGGGACAAGGCGGACAGGGGGUGCCCCAGCCCAUGAGGGUCCUGGCCGGGAACGGACCCAGCUCCGACCUCUCCACCGGCAGCAGCGGGGGGUACCCGGAUUUUCCUGCCAGCCCAGCCUCGUGGCUGGACGAAGUCGACCACGCUCAGUUUUGAUACAGGAUCCACCACCGUGCAGUGGGAAGGGGAAGGACCCGUCGCUCUCAAACGCCGUCUGCUCCCGGAGAAAAGGCACGGACAGGCCCUGAGGCCGAGCGGGGCAGGAAGGCGCCGGCACGGCGAGCACCGACGGGCUUUCGGAGGCGACCCGGCGGUGGGUCAGCAGCGGACGGCGGUCAAAGGGAGACCACAGCAUAAGGGACGUCCAAACGAACCGGUCAUUGUGUCUUUACUAAACACCGAGACUUGUGCUUUACAGAUUUGAUAGAAGGUAUUUUGCUUUCUGUUGUCAGUGCAUUCUCCAAAGCGAGGACUUGCUUCAUCACCCAUCCACGCCGAAAACCUUUUUAAGAGAAAAUAAAGUCCUCAUCCACAGUAAAAGUUGUGACAAUGUCUAUAUUUCUAUAGGAGAAAUGUUGAUAGUGAAUCACUUCAGAAAUCCAUGGUAGAAAACCUCUCUGUUCUUCCAGCAGAUUUUUUAAAAGCGCACCGAUGGGGUAUGUUUGGUUUUAUUUCCAAUUUACGUUCACUUUUCUAAAAUGAAAUGCUCUUUAAUAUGCCAAUCACUGAUCAGCAACUCUUCUCCUUUGUAAAGUGAAGAUCAUGUUAACUCUGCUUCUCAUCUUUUUAAUUUGUAGAUUCCUAGUUUUAUUCUUCCAGAUAAGCAUUAAACCGUGAAUAGCUGUAUUUAUUACCAAAUGACUACACUUUUAUCUCGAGGGCAAGAGGUGUUUUUUCUUGGCCCGGGAACACCAGUGGCUCUGGGUUGUGAAUUUCAUGCUUUUCUUUAAAAUCCCUUUGCAAGAGUUUUACUGCAAAGUGUCUCAGACUCGUCCUGAUGUCUUGUUGCCAAAUUCCUUCCCAGGAGGGCUCUGGGCAGGGGCCGGUGGCUCCGUUUCAGCCGCUCCUUGUCGUGGCAAGUGCUCGCCUCCCUGGUGGCACUUCUCUGUCUGAGACAUUUGUGUCAUCCUGCAGAUACGGCGUGAGCCGAUCGUGAGGAAAGGCAAGGCAUUAUGUAUAUUGUUACCUGUAAAAAUGGUUGAAUUUACUGUAGAUUAUGUGAACGUCCCGUGUCUUUUAUUUAUAUUCUCGCUUUCUCUCUGAUGAUCAAAUACUUCAAGACUACAAAUAAAUUUGUCA